CCUUCAAAGUAUAUCGACUCCAUGCCCUAAAAGAAGGGCUUCACUUCCAAGUUCACGUGUGGAAGCAUACGUUUCGUCAUGUUCAGUUAUUUAGGGAUGGACCACAGCAACCCUCGAGGGACAAAUGCAGCGGAGUGAUGCCAGGGGGCACGUUCGAGGAUAUCACGGCCGUGCAGCAGAUGGUAUCAUCAUGCACGGGCGCAAUCCUCACUUCUCUUCUUGUGACACCAUUUGAUGUAGUUAAAAUUCGCUUACAAUCUCAGAAAGUCCCAUUAGUGAAGGGCAAAUGUUUCUUGUACUGCAACGGGCUGAUGGACCACCUGUGUACCUGUCUGAAUGGUCCCUCCAACAAUGGAUACUGGUACAAAAGACAGGUUCCAGGGCACUACAAAGGCACAGUGGAUGCCAUGAUACAGAUUACUAGAAUUGAGGGGAUGCGAUCUCUGUGGAGCGGGCUUCCUCCUACACUAGUAAUGGCUGUCCCAGCCACUGUGGUGUAUUUUUCCUGUUAUGAACAUUUCCGGAACUUGUUCGGAUACUCUGCAGGCCUAGAAGAAAAUGACUGGUGGAAGCCAAUAAUGGCUGGAGCAAGUGCUCGAACUUUAGCAGUGUUUGCUAUCAGUCCCCUAGAAAUGGUUAGAACCAAGCUCCAGUCUGAGCAGCUGAAGUACAGUCAGGUUUUGACUGCGGUCCAGCACACGGUGAGGGAGGGGGGCGUGGUCCGGUCCCUGUACAGAGGCCUCACCCCCACCCUCCUCAGGGAUGUCCCUUUCUCAGCAUUCUACUGGUUUGGAUAUGAAAGCAUGAAGUCAGUCAUUUUGAAGAACACCAUGUCAGAUAAGAUGACAAUGGUGGAGAGUUUUAGCUGUGGAGCUUUGUCAGGAGGGAUUGCUGCUAUAUUAACUUUACCUUUUGAUGUAAUCAAAACCCAUCGACAAAUCUCUCUAGGAGAAACUCGAGUCAAAGGUUCCACACAAGUGACCUCAACAUUACGUCUCAUUAUACAGCUAUACCACAGAGAGGGAAUGCAUGCCUUGUUUGCAGGUCUGGUUCCUAGAGUGGUAAAAGUGGCUCCUGCCUGUGCCAUUAUGAUUUCUUCCUAUGAAUAUUUCAAAAACUAUUUCAAAGCCAGAAAUAGAGAACAGAGACUUGGACUUUCAGAGGCUUCUAUGGAUUGAAACAAAAUAUGGUGUGAUUUUGUGCAAGUGGAAGCUUGGGUCUUCUGGUCAAUUUCCACGUGAUGCUGUGCGACCUUAUGAUUUGGUUACAAUUUAUCCAACAACCUUUUGUCAUGCAAGGGUUUUUUCUACAGUGUGAAUGUUUCAUCUGAUUUUAGAUUUAUUUUCUAUCACCGCAAUGCUUACAUUUGUUAUGUCAUAAUAAGUGAUUGAGUUUUUAUAUAUUAAUUCAUGAGAGUUUUUUCUUCAUAAUAGACUUCAUCUCUGAUGUUGUAAUAUUUAAAAAUCAAUAUCAUAAUCAAUGUUUUGAAUUUGUCAUAAGAUAAUAGAGUUGGCGCCUAUCGUUAGAUUUGUUUUAUUUUAGAUGUCAGUUCUAACAAUGUGGUAAAGUGUUUUUGAUUUUUACUCCUGUGUGACAAGAGUAUGAAAUUCAAGCUCAUGUAUGUAACAUGUUUACAAUGUCCAUUUUCUGUGAUAUAACGUGUGUUUUAUCUGUAUGUGUGUUUGUAUAUAAUGAUGAUGACCUAAUUCUUUGAUAAGGUAUUAUAAAUAUAUGUAAUAUUUCUAGCUUGGUUUCAUGUUGGAUGUGUUAUGAUUGCCUACACCCUGCACCAUCUUAUUCAUAUUGUUAUAGAAUAAAUCAGUUUACAUGAUUCAUGUUCAUGAUGAACUUACUAGUUCUUUCAAUUAUGAGUGACAGUGAUAAAAUGUACAGAAAAUCAUCCAUUUUAAUUGUGUUCACUUGCCCAUACAUACACAUGUAUACAUUAUAUCUGGAAGGUGCUUGUACCACAUGUUGACCUCAUGUUCUGAAACUAUUAAUUUGACUGUGGUUGUGUUACUGCACCACAAAAGAUGAAAGUAAACACAUUAAAACUUGUAUUGUUCAUAUUGUCCUCAAUUAAUUUUCAGCACCCAUAGUCUGAUUAUGAAGUCAAAGUAUCAGUUUUGGUUUUUCAGCUGAGUAUUUAUUUAUAUACUGUAUAUAUUUUUAAUGUUUUAGAAUGGAUUUGAUUGUAAUAUUGUUUACCAUGUUCUGUUAUUAUUUUCAACUUUGAAAUAUCAAGCCUUAAUUUGUUGCCAAAGCACAUAAUAUUAUUCAAUUAAGGCUUGAUAGAAAUUAAAUUGCACAUGUGUAUGAUGGUUAAAGAAAUGUAUGCCUUGAAAAAUAAAAGCAUAAAACAAUUUUU